AUGAAAAAAGAAAUCGAUGUUGCACUUGAUCUACUUGUCUCCUACGUAUCGCGUUUUGGUUCAAUAAAAGAAGAAAAUAUCGAAGAAUUUCGUACGCAUCUUCAGAAACGUUUGCUUGAACAUUAUCAAGGUCACUGGUAUCCUGAUAAACCUAUCAAAGGACAAGCGUAUCGUUCGUUAGAAUUCAAUAAACAAAACGAAUAUUGUGAUGUUAUCGUUUCACAAAUCUGCCGUGAACUAGGAUUUGCUCCGAGUUUACUGGGUAUUAUGCAUGAUAUUACAUUAUGGAUUGAUCCAUACGAAGUAACCAUUAGACUUGGAAACCAUGUCUCACCAAAAGAAAAUCAACAACUACUAGUUGCUCGAUUUGAUAAAGAAGGAAAUGAACUUGCCAGGAAUGACCUCGAUACGUUAUUUGCCCAAAGUCGUCUACCCAUAGUUACGGCAAAUACACUACGUUCGUCACCAACAAACAGUUCAUCAUGUGACUCAGCUAGUUGUUCGGGUGCAUCGACACCUCAACGUACUUCAUCACCGUUUCCCAUGGGACAACCAUCGAUAGUCUUACCAUCACCGCCAACGAUGUACCACAACGGUCCAUUAUUCACUCCUCCGCGCGCAUUAUCACCGCAAGCCCCUAUAUUUCAAAUGUCAUCUUCGGACCCAAUCAAAGUUCCAGUCAAGGGCGAACAAAAUUUUUCAUUACAAAGCAACAUGGAAUCAUUGUCGUGCGAAGGGUCACCUAUCGAUGGAAAUCAUCUUCAACCGGAUCGUUCGGAUACGCCUCAUUCGAUGCAUAGUACAACGUCAAAUGAAUCAUCAGAUAGUGGAUACUGUGGUUAUGUUGAAAGCUUUCCAUAUUACUAUAAACUUAAUCGCUUAUACAAAGCAUUAGCGAUACAAAAGCUUUCAAACAAUGGUAGUCCAACGGGUAAAUUUGCAAAUCAUUCUUCGGCAACUCAUCAUCAACGACGCCGUGUUCCUCAGCAACACUAUCAAAAUUUUCAACAGCAGCAGCAGCAACAACAACAACAACAUUCAAUGAAUCCCAUCAUUCCAUCAUCAACAUCAACAUUAUCUAGUUCACCUCCGACGCCUACGCCAAUGAAUAUUAAUCAAUUUUCACCUUUCUACACUCAACAAUCAUCGUACCUUCCUAUACCAACGACAGUCGCUGACAGUCGUAAAUCUAAGUAUUAA